AUGGCCAACGAUUCCUUGGUUACAGCUCGUGUCAUUGGAGAUGUCUUCGACCCCUUCUGCAGCUCCAUUGAUCUGAUGGUGCUGUUCAAUGGUAUGCCCAUUGUUAGUGGCAUGGAGCUGCGUUCUCCGACGGUCUCUGAGAGGCCAAGGGUUGAGAUCGGAGGAGAUGACUAUCGUGUUGCUUAUACCCUGGUGAUGGUUGAUCCUGAUGCUCCAAACCCAAGCAACCCAACCCUGAGGGAGUACCUGCACUGGAUGGUGACUGACAUUCCAGCGUCAACUGAUGACACCUACGGGCGGGAGGUGAUGUGCUACGAGGCCCCAAACCCGACGACGGGAUCCACCGGAUGGUGCUUGUGGUGUUCCGGCAAUUGGGGCGGAGAUUUGUGUCUGGCGCCGUCAAGGCGCCACACAACUUAG